AUGGAACAGUUGUCAUAUUUGUGGCUGUUUGAGUAAAUUGUUUGUUUUGCUGUUGUCAAAAUUUUAUUUUCUGUAUUCUGCACUGUUUCUGACCAUGCUGAAUACUUUUGGAAGGAAAAUGGAUAGUGAUUAUUAAAUUGUAUAUUGUGUGUGCGUAUUUGUAGUUUAAUGAAAGAAUUCGUGUUCAUAGAGUGACUGAAAAUACUUUGCAACUGUUCUGGGAACAAUGAAUCGGAGGACUCCAAACAAUUUCACAUACGUUAGUCCGUGUGUGAAAUACAUGAUAUUUACAUUGAAUUUUGUAUUUUGGCUUUUAGGGGGACUUCUAAUUGGUAUUGGAUUAUACGCUUUUGUGGAGAAGUGGCAGACAACAGGUCUUCUGAAAGUUGACACUAUUUACGAUGUAGUUCUCAACAUAUCCUUAGUGAUGGUCAUUGCUGGCGAUGUGAUAUUUAUUGUCAGUUUCACUGGAUGUGUGGGUGCACUGAGGGAAAACACCUGCCUGUUGAAAUUUUACUCGUUGUGUCUGCUGAUUUUCUUCCUGCUGGAGAUGGCUAUAGCCAUCAUGGGAUUCGUGUUCCCGCACACGAUGCAGUCAGUGCUGGAGGAGUCAUUCACCGACAAGAUCAUCCACACGUAUCGCGAGGAUGUCGACCUGCAGAACCUCAUUGACUUUGCUCAGCAAGAGUUCCGAUGCUGUGGACUCAGCACGGAAGGCUACAUGGACUGGGCGAAAAAUGAGUAUUUUAACUGCAGUUCGCCGAGCGUUGAGCACUGUGGUGUCCCUUUCUCCUGUUGCAUCAAUGCCACAGACAUCUCUAGUGGACUUGUCAACAUUAUGUGUGGUUAUGGAGUUCAAGAAUUAUCUGUGGCGGAGGCAGGGAAGAAGGUUUGGACCAGUGGCUGCAUCGAGAUUGUGCGUUCCUGGGCAGAGAGGAACCUCUACACCAUAGCUGGCUUUGCCCUGGGAGUCGCUCUGUCUCAGUUGUUGGUGAUCUACUUGGCGAAGACGCUGGAGGGCCAGAUCGACCUGCAGAAGUCCAGAUGGAACACUUGAAACAUUGCCUACCAUCUCGGAUAAGUGCAUGUCACUUUGUGGUAGGCUCCGAGGACUGAUCAAGCCUGAUAUUGGGCAAGCAUCAUACACACUAAAUGCUGCAGAUGUGAGCGCGUUGGCGUGCGUGCCAAGUAUCCAACAUGCGGCAUCUCGCCAAAAGGAGAGAGCAAUGGGUUGCUAGUUGUUUUCAACUAGUCCAUAUUAUGUCUGUGUUUAUUUCUACUUGCAAUAUGAAUGUAUAGUUUAUGAGCCAAAUAUGUGAAUGUGCGUAUCUGUAAUAGUUUCAUUAAAUAUGUAAACUGUAUUUUUAUUUAGCUUGUGUCAAGGAUAUACUGAAUUAUAAGCCUUUUUAAUAAAGUGAUUCAUUUUAUA